AUCCACAACGAACUUGAUAGCUUUAGCACGAGAUGGGAUCAAAUAUUUUCAUCAUCUGGUGCCUCAUAACACUGUCUUGCUUGUGUUGUGAUGCUCAAGUAGUGAAGCUGGUAGUGAAAGGAUCGAAAUCCAUAGCAAAAACUGAUGAAGAUUUCAUCUGUGCCACUCUUGAUUGGUGGCCUGAAACCAAAUGCAACUACAAUCAGUGCCCCUGGGGCAAAGCUGGCAUUCUCAAUCUGGAUUUGAAGAACAAGAUUCUUGCAAAUGCCAUCAGAGCAUUUAGCAGCCUGAGGAUUAGGAUAGGAGGUUCUUUGCAAGAUCAGGUGGUGUACGAUGUUGUUGGGGCAUCGCUUCGAAAAUGCCCUCAUUUCAAGAGAACGGAGAGUGGGUUGUUUGGAUUCUCUAAAGGGUGUCUGCCUAAGGAGAGAUGGGAUCAAAUCAACAACUUCUUUCAUGAAAUGGGGGUUAGGUUGACAUUCGGCUUGAAUGCCUUGGUGGGGAGGAGGAAGGGUGGAGGACCCGAUGAUUCCCUCAUGGUAGGCCAAUGGGACUCAAAAAACGCGUAUGAUUUGAUCAACUACACAGCCUCCAAAGGGUACAAGAUUGAUUCAUAUGAACUUGGAAACGAGUUGUGUGGGAGCGGUGUGUCUGCAAGAGUUGGGGCAGUGCAGUAUGCAAAGGACACCUUAGCACUCAAGAAAAUAGUAGCUAAGUUUUACUCAAAUCCUGCCACUAGGCCAAAGGUGCUAGGCCCUGCAGGGUUCUACGACAAGCAGUGGUUCGAUGCAUUUCUUGACGCGACGGGACCUAAUGUCGUUGAUGGUGUCACGCACCACAUCUACAACCUCGGUGCAGGUGUUGAUCCCACCCUCAUCAACAAGAUUCAAGAUCCGAGCUUUCUUGAUCAGAUAGCGGAGACAUACAGGGAUGUUGCAGCCACGAUCGAGCGACACAGCCCGUGGGCAGGGGCGUGGGUCGGGGAGGCCGGUGGCGCUUACAAUAGUGGUGGCAGAUAUGUCUCACACUCCUUUGUUGAUGGAUUCUGGUACUUAGAUCAAUUGGGAAUGACGGCAAAAUUCAACCAUAAGGUCUUCUGCAGACAAUCCUUAAUAGGAGGAAACUAUGGUUUGCUCAACAGAAACACAUUCAUACCAAAUCCAGAUUACUAUGGUGCUCUCUUGUGGCACCGGUUGAUGGGGACGAGCGUGCUCUCCGCCUCCCACACCGGAUCCUCCUACCUGCGCGCCUACUCACAUUGCUCGAAGAAAACAACAGGCAUUGCAGUACUAGUGAUCAAUAUGUCCAAAUAUACAGCCUUUGAAGUUUAUGUUGAAGAUUAUGCAAAGCUAUAUGAAUAUGACCAAGAAGGUUAUGUUAAUGCAUAUGAGAGAGAAGAGUACCAUUUGACCCCAAAAGAUGGCAACAUUUUGAGUGAUGUUUUGCUGCUGAAUGGAGUGGCUUUGAAGCUCACCGGAGCUUCUGGCAUACCGGCAAUGGAACCACGCAUGAUUGAUGCUUCGUUGCCUAUGAAGAUCGCGCCUCGUUCCAUAGUUUUCGCGGUGCUGAAAGGCUUCAAGGCCACAGCUUGUGCCUAGAGUUUCUCUAGUGAAGCCUUCCCGAUGCGAAUCCUUCGUUGCUGGGACAUUCGUGACGGAAUGAACGAAGAAAAUACCGUUGUUAACUUGUAUGGAGAGAAAGAGAAGUGUCUUUCUUCUAUAAAAUUAUUCGUAUGGAAUAAAAACGAUAUAUAUUGGUCAUAUUCAUAAAUGGAAAAAGAGUUGUUGAUUUA